AUGUCUUCCGAUCACCGCUUUAAUUCUUACGACCUUCCACAUUCUUCCUACUACGUUCCAUCUCUUUCUUUCUUCCACAGAAAAGUCCUAGUUCGAUCCGUUCCUCUCCAAUCACUUGGACAAAACCUGAAAUCCCUCCACCGCCUCAUCGUCCAUUGUGUCGAUCCGUCGAUCGUCGACUGCAACGACCGUCAAAAUCAUCGCAUUAAAGCUCAAUCGUAUGUGUCUGCUUUUCGUCCGGCUAAAAUCGUGAGUCGUCGACUCCCCUGUCAUACCGCCUCGCUCUCCAAUCAAGUUUCAUACACUGACUCCACUGCCUGCUUUCAUCUGCAUUUCUUUCGUCACGAUCCCAUCCUUAUCUGCUAUUUUACUCUUCGAUUCCACUAUAGUCAACGCCGACGAGUCCGCCUAAUUUUGUGUAACUCUACUUCAACUCUGGCUACAUCUACACCCGACGAGUCAUGCUUCGAUUCCGAAUACAUUUAA